GUUGAGAAAAUAACAGAGGAAAAAAUUGGAUAUAAACGAUAACUGAAAACCCUUUACAAAAUUUGUAUGCUGAGGUUGUACCACAAGAGAAACAUAUAUUUAACGUUUAAAAAAGAGUAGUUGAGCUUUUAUAGCUCAUAGUACCUUGUCGUCAAGUUGUUUACUUUAAAACAAUACAUUUUAAAGAGAAAAAACAAAUAAUACUUUGGCAGCCGAAUGCUGCAGUAUAGGGACUAAAAAUAACCGUUUCAUUCAUUAACCGGAUUCGUUCGUAAAAGUACACACCGAAAGGGUCCUGCUCAUUUUAUUAUGUCGUCAGAAAGCUUUCAAAGAAGACUCGCUCAACAUACAAAUGCUCUUAAUGCCUCUAUAGAUGGAGCUACGCAAACGCUUUUGUCUCGGUUUCAGGAUAUUGCAGACAUUGCAAUGAACCAAGGAAAGGAUAAAAAUAUAGUAUCAUCAGAAGUAUAUCAAAUUGAGUGUCAUACGCUUUCAAUGAUCCGCGCUGUGGAACAGCUACUGGAUAUCUCAAGACAAUUGAAAUCGUUCUGGUUAUGCAAUUCAUCAUCUACUACCGUACCAAGUUUAGACUUCAACGAAACGAAUUUAGACCUACUAAAGUCAAAGAUGACUUCACUUCAAAAUAUCGGGCUUGAUGUAAAAAGCUCCUUGACUAACGGCAUGCAUGAACCAGAAGAAAUGAAAAAUGACCUCGCAAGUUAAAAGCUUGUUUAUAUAUUCUCACUUGCUUUCCGACUGUUCUUUACAGAAAUGGUUUACUUUAAAAGUAAUUACUACUAUAACCUUGUUUUCAUUAUAAAAAUUUUGGCUGACUUCUAGUCUCUAAGUGAUAUUUAUU